UCCAUUUCUCUCCAGAACGUUGGCUGCUCAAAACAGAGCCACCAACGCGCACACACUAAGCCAAAAUAAUCACAACCCAACUUCCAGAGCUCCGCAUUUUCUCAACCGCAAUCUUCUCAGGGACAUGAAGGUGAUUACCAAAUUUGUCACAAAUUAAUCCCCGACGAACAAUGCAUGGUUUGGCUCUUUUGUCUCUAACUCCUCCACACACCUUCUGUUUCUUCAACCUCUCUCCUCCUUCCGCUUCUUCUUCUUCUUCCGCUUCUUCUUCUUCAAGAUCUCUGCUUUUCUUGCAAACCCGACCCGAAUCUUCGAAACCCAUUUUCAGGCACGCAUCGAAACCCGUAACCAGUUUCUUGAAUUUGAAACCGAAACGGGGGCGUUUUGUUACCGUCUUGAGAGCGAGUCGCAGUGAGUCUCCUUACCAGGUUCUGGGCGUGUCUCCUUCCGCAACGGAUGUCGAGAUCAAAAGGGCUUACCGGAAACUUGCUCUUAAGUAUCACCCCGAUGUUAAUAAAGAGGCAAAUGCGCAGGAGAAAUUUAUGCGGAUUAAGCAUGCCUACAAUACAUUGCUGAGUUCUAAAUCUCGGGGAAAAUACGACUCUAAUUUCGGAUCUGACUAUUCCUAUUCCUCUUCUCAAAGAAACCAGGGCAAGAAGUCUCAAGAUGAAGAAGAGUUUUACGGAUUUGGUCUUUUUUUGAGGGAUGUUCAAAUAACAAUAGAGGACUUCUUUAAAGAUAUCCAAGAAGAAUUCAAGAACUGGGAAGCAAGUGCUUCGUCACAGGGAAAGCCAAAGAGUCUAUGGGAGGAAUUGGGGGAGAUUGGAGAAGAAUUUGUGGAAUUUCUCGAGAAAGAACUAAACAUAAUGGAUCCAGAAGAUGGAGCAAAUAACAAUGAUGAAGGCAAUCCUUUCAGAAGCUCCGGGAAACAGAGAACAGAAAAUGUUGGUCAAGACGAAGCUGUUAAGGAGAGCAGCAUCAAGGAUAAUAUCGAUGAGAUAGAAGCUACUCUUGCUCAGUUAAAAAAGGAAUUGGGAUUGUAGCACAGAAACACGGCUUCACCACGUCAAUGCUUUGUUGGAAGCAUCGAAGGUGAAGCCUUGUUCAUAUUAUUGCACUUUAGUAGAAAGCAAAAGUUGAGAGAAGUAAAAGGAGAGAUCGAUCGAUGGGGUGUUUGUUGUAUGGUAGAGGGAGACUGGAAGUGUAAAGGCGGAAUUGAAGAUGCGCACGCUGAACCACACCGAUGAAGGAUCGUGAUUCCCAACUAAAACUUUGGGAAAUUACUUCGUUUUUCUUUUUUGAAGUCAAGUUGCUUAAUCAAAAGGUAUAGUUGAUAUAGAGUACGAUUCGAGUCUUUAGUGUUUAGAGACUUUUGGGCUUGUGUUUGGAGCUUGUGAUGAGAUUAUAUCUUGUAAAACAAUCAACAAAAUUGGAUGAGAAUCAAGAGGAGUUGAGAUUA